AUGGAAACCUGCGUUCUGAUACCUAAAGAAUUUUCAUUGGUUCUUGCUAGCGAUCGGUCCACCUAUAAGGGUCUUUUCAAGAAUGAAUCAGGAAGCCUAGUUACGGACGUCAGAAUAUCCGUUUGGUCGAAUGUACUUAUUCCAUCAGGGACGUUGAUUUAUCCCUUUCAGGGAUCCAUUCGAUUCGACAAGAUCGACCUUUAUUCUCUUCUCGAUGACAAUGAUAUCCGACGCGAGUAUGGCUGCUACGAUGAGGUUUUCUUUACAAAUUAUAGCCUUAAUAAACGUCAAUGCAAUUGGAUAAGAUUUCUCCGGAUAGUUCAGUCUUACGAUGAGCAAGUAAACUUAAUUGGUACCAAAAUAAAAGGGGAUCCAAUUUUUGAAGUGAUAAAAGAUGUCCAACCCGACACAGAAUUAGUAGCCUGGUUCCUCCCGACGGUAGAACAAGAUUUCGUGUUUAUAUCGCACAAUAUGUGUUCGAGGUCGGCUAUAUACAGAUGCACGAUCGAUUCCAUUUUAGAUGAAUCUCCGCUAGACUUAUCCAUGGCAUUGCUCUCUCAUCAUACGCCAUCCACUAUCUCGCGUCAGUAUUACGAUAUUGACGAAUACGAGUCGACGUCCGAGGAGUCUUCUUCGUCCACGCUGUCCUUGACGGGGGACCAUUUGGAGUGCAGCAUUUUAACGACGAUUAAAAGGGGCGAGAGGGUUCUGUUACCGUGCGAAGUAUGUGGGAAAUCUUUUGAUCGACCUUCCCUUCUAAAACGUCACAUGAGAACGCAUACAGGGGAGAAACCACAUGUUUGUAUGGUGUGCAACAAGGGAUUUUCGACGUCGAGUUCGUUGAACACGCAUAAACGGAUUCACAGUGGCGAGAAGCCUCAUCAGUGCCUUGUCUGCGGUAAGAAGUUCACGGCCUCCUCCAACCUCUAUUAUCAUCGCAUGACGCAUAUCAAGGAAAAACCACAUAAGUGUUCCCAAUGCUCGAAAUCGUUUCCAACGCCCGGAGACCUUAAGAGUCACAUGUAUGUACAUAACGGACUGUGGCCAUUUAGGUGCCAUAUUUGUAGCCGCGGUUUCAGUAAACCGACCAAUCUCAAAAACCACAUGCUGCUCCAUCUUGGCAGAUGUUCCAACAAGAAGAUCGUCAAAUCUAUUUCUGACUAUUAA